AAAAUGUUUUAAAAUCAAGUGACAACCUCCGUGGGUUUCCGCUGCACCUUUGCGAAAUAUUAAAAUGAAAGUUCAAGAUUUUGAUAAAUUUUGGGUUGACAAGCAUCGGUAUGAUUUUGCUGAAAAGCAGUAUCACGAGUUUUUUGCAAUGGAUGCUGAGACGACCAUAUACAGCCCUUUGGUAUCCGAAAUCGCAAAAGCUAGAGAACACUUACAAAAUUCUCUGGAAAAGAUUGAUGAAGUUGAUUUAAACCCUGGAGCUAAGACAGAACUUUUGACGCGCAUAUUAUUCUUGGAAAAUGAUAAUAAGAUAUUAAAGUCUACUAUCUCUGAAUUAAGUCAUUUAUAUAGGGAAGUGACUACACGACUGGAGGUGCUUGAACAAAAAAUUAAGCUUUCUAAUGGAAAGGAAACUAGUAAUAAAGAUGACCAGUUUGAUAUAUUUUCAUCCGAAAGUGAUGAGGAAAUUGCGGAAAAGGCAUGGAUAAGAGAACAACGAUUAGCCGAAUAUUCAGCAAAAAAAUCAAGAAAACCAACUAUUCUUGCAAAGUCUAGUUUAAUUCUUGAUGUCAAGCCUUGGGAUGACGAAACGAAUCUUGAGGUUAUGGAAAAAGAAAUUAGAAAAAUAUUUUUGGACGGAUUAUUAUGGGGGGCAUCAAAAUUCGUGCCAGUGGCAUUUGGAAUUCAGAAAUUAAGUAUAUCCUGUGUUGUCGAAGAUGAAAAAGUUUCGAUUGAUUGGCUGGCUGAAGAAAUUGAAAAGUUGGAAGAUUUUGUUCAAAGCGUUGAUGUUGCUGCUUUUAAUAAAAUUUAGGUAACAUUUGCUGGGAGAUUUACCCUUUAUUUUUGAUUAUAAACGUCCUAGAAUUGAAUAUAAUUUUGAAAUA